AUGAUUAGCCUAGCUCGAUUAUUUCGGUCAACAUUGUGUCAGUCUCCUGCUCGGCUAUUUUCGUUCUCGGCAAUACGUCAUAUAAACUGGGAAGAUAUUGAUGAAUACACAAACAAAGUUAAUCAGUCUGUUUUCUUAACAACUGACGUUUAUGAAAAAGACGACGAAUGGGUCCGAUAUGAUGCAAAACGUAAAGAAAAACUGCGAAAAGAGCGUGAACAUUUUCUCUCUGGUCCACCAAAACGAAAAACACCACCUCGAUCACCUAACUCACCAUUAUGCUCAUCAAUGUCUAAAAAUGAAGAAGUUGUUGAUUAUAAUCCAAAUGAUGAUCAGCCAAAACAAAUGAACGAUCCCUAUUUACCAGAACCACAUAAAUGUAUAUUUUGUGUUAAUAAACUUGAAAUUGAUUUUCGAAAUGUGGAGUUAUUAAGUCAAUUUAUUUCACCACAAACUGGUUUUAUAUUUAAUCAACGUACAACAGGUCUAUGCUAUUUUAAACAAAUAGAAUUAGAAAAAGCAAUUUGGAAAUCGCGACGAUUCCAUUUGAUGCCCUAUUAUUGGAAAGAAACAGUUUAUCUGGAUGAUCCUAAAUUAUUCAAUCCGUAUGAUAAUAAUUUGAAAAAAGUGACAAAUGCUGAACGAGAAAAAUUUGGAUUGUAA